GAUGUUUUAUUUUUAAUUUAGGCAAUUAUCUGGGAUGAACAGUUAACAGGACCAUUUGGUCUCAUUGCAGAAUAUGUCUUGUUACAGGAACAUGACGUGACUCAGAUGUUUCAGUUACAACCCAAGAGAAUACCCGCUACGACUGCUCAGAAUAUUAUUUUCCUUGUUCGACCAAAACUUUCUCUUAUGGAUAUUGUUGCUGAUUAUGUACUUAAAGAUGAAGAAUCAAAGGUUUCUAAAAAAGAAUUUCAUAUAUUUUUUGUACCAAGAAAAAGUUUACUGUGUAUUAGAAAACUUCAGGAGAGAGGAGUUUAUGGAACUUUCAUUAAUGUGGAUGAAUUCAGUUUGGAGUUAUUUCCAGUAGAUAGCGAUGUCCUAUCUAUGGAAAUAGGAACAACGUUUAAGGAAUGCUACAUUGAAGAAGAUAUGACAACAAUGUAUUAUGUAGCCAAGUCUCUAAUGAAAUUACAAGCUUUAUUUGGUGUAAUUCCAAAUAUUUUUGGAAAGGGUAAAUGUGCUAAGCAUGUAUUUGAUUUGAUGAUGAGAAUGAGACGGGAGCAAGCUGGGAAUGAACCUCAAAUCACUUCUCAAAUUCAUAAUUUAUUGUUGUUGGAUAGAUCUGUUGAUUUGUUGUCACCUCUAGCAACCCAAUUAACAUACGAAGGUCUUUUGGAUGAAAUAUUUGGAAUACAAAAUAAUACAAUCAAAGUACCACCAGAAAAAUUUGCUUCUUCAAGUGAGAAAGGCACGCAAGAAAUUCCCACAGAAAGAAAACAGUUUCUGUUAAAUUCUACAGAAGAGCUCUACGCUGAAUUGCGAGAUAAAAAUUUUCAUGCCGUUGGUCCGACACUUAGUAAAAAAGCCAAAAUAUUAUCUUCUCAGUUUGAUGAAAGGCGUGGUGUAAAAACCUUGGAUGAAAUCAAACAAUUUGUUAAUAAGUUACCUCACAUGCAGGCAGCUAAAAAAUCUCUUGCCACACAUACUUCAAUGGCUGAAUUAAUCAAAGAAGUAACAGAUAAAGAAGAAUUUUUGGAAUCUUUACAAGUAGAACAAGAGUUUAUGAAUGGAAUUGAUACGGAUAAAAUUAAUCCAUACAUCGAAGAUUGCAUUGGAAGACAGGAAUCAUUAAUAAAGAUCUUGCGCUUAAUCUGUAUGCAGUCUGUUAUAAAUAAUGGAUUAAAACAAAAAGUUCUAGAUUAUUACAGAAGUGAAAUAUUACAAACUUAUGGAUAUCAAAACUUUUUAACGCUGGUCAACCUGGAGAAGGCCGGAUUGCUGAAACCACAAGGCAGUAAAAUUUAUUCCACUCUUCGGAAGACAUUACGUUUGACGGUAGAAGAUGUAGAUGAAUUGAAUCCAACCGAUGUUGCAUAUGUCCACAGUGGUUAUGCACCUCUCAGUGUGCGUCUGGCACAAUUUUUGGCCAUGCCUGGUUGGCGAGCCAUCCAGGAUAUCCUGAACCAGUUGCCUGGUCCAACGGUGGAAGCAGUGCAGAACAUCACGGGACAUCGUAAAAGAAGGGGUUCGGGUUCAUCUAUUCAGUCAAGUGCCGAAGAAAAGAAGGUGACUCUGGUGUUCUUCCUAGGAGGUUGCACGUUUGCGGAAAUCUCUGCCCUGCGAUUCCUUUCAGAACAAGAUGAUGUUCCUGUAGAAUACAUCGUUGCAACUACAAAACUUGUCAAUGGGAGUACAUUUCUUGAAAGCCUAGCUGAAAAAGUAAUGUCUUCAACGUGACGGACUGCUAUGUAAAUUAAAAUGAACCUGUUGUAACAUUCAUAG